AUGGUUCUAUGUUUUUGUGGAAAAGUUGCUUUGGUGAAAACGUCCUGGACCCCUCUGAAUCCAGGAAGGAGAUUUUUUGCAUGCCCUAUGAAUAUUUUUGUUUGUGGGUUUAUCGGGUGGCUUGAUCCCCUAAUGUGUGCUAGGUCUAAAGCCAUCAUACCUGGACUACUAAGACAUUUGAAUUCAGUGCAGGAACGGUGCAAUGAGUUGCUUAGAAGUGUGAACAUGCUACCAGAUCAAUGCAGUGGACUGAGAUGCAGGAACAACAUGUUGGUGGCAAAUUGCAAAGCAUUGAAGGAUGAAAAUUUGAAGCUGAAAAUGUACCUGUUUGAAAGUUCGGUUUUUUUUGUGAUUGUCUUGUUUUGUAGCUGGUUUGUGUAG